CCCUGAUGGGACGUUGAAGUCCGAGGCGUGGAAGGAAUUAGAGUUUUGUGUUGACGCCAUGGUGCAGGUGACGUUCAGGGACAAGUGCUGUUGACCCCCUGGCGUGGCGUAUCAGCUAUGAUAGUGUGAUGCGGGACUGUAGGUUGAUGCCAAUGCAUGUGUACUUGGGGCUUUCUUUAAAUGAGGUACUUGGUGUUGUCCUGUCGUGAAUACGUAUUGGAUGGAUGGCAAUCGUCCGCUCAGAAUCACUAUCUCUCUAUCGCGGUGAAUACAACAGAAGGCAAUUUCAAGCUUACGCCCUCAUAUCGAUAUGAUUCGGAUGCCAUUGAAUCCUCGAAACAGCCUUCGAAGCUCAAACUAUUGACAUGUGAUUCACGCUGUGGUGUUGAGCUGUGCACUUGUUUGAUUCGGCGUAUUGGGCCGCUCGUGCUACGUCACUAUUCACCAGCAAGUCCCGUCCAGGGCGUCGCGGGUCCGCUUUCGGAUGGGAGGAACAGCCACGAUGCCAGUGUGCCUGAAGAUCACCCCUGUUGUCUUUCCAGACAAAGAAGACGCGUUUCAUUCUCAGGCCUCGGGAGACAUUCAACGAGGGUAUUGCAGUGUGUGACACGCGACACUGCUCGGGGUCCUGGGAUUCCGGCUCUCGCUCGUCUCGCAGCAUUAUUGAAUGUGGAUCAAUGAAUGAAUGAGUGUCUUGAGUCCAUGAGCAAGAAAGAAGAG